AUUUCUGCGCGCGCGCAUGGCUUUCCCCGUAGCUGAAGCCGGAGCGGCUCCUUCCCAGUGAGCAUGUCGAGCUUCAGUCACAGCUGAGGUGCCCGGCCCGAGCGGCACAAAGAUGCAACACCUAACUUGUAGCUCAUACCAUGGUUUGAACACCUUCCAGACUGUUUUUGGUUUUCAGCUAGUCUCAAAAUGACUACGCUGAACUCGAGGUGAGAAGCGCGGUUUGCUGUACGGAGGAGUGAGUGCGCACUGAUUUCUUGCCCCCCCUCUUUUUUUUUUUUUUUUUCUUUUAAUCCAAAGGGAAAUAAGCCAAGAAACAUUUUUUGUUGUUGUUGCAACACAAUAGUUUUAAGACAUUUUUAUUUUUAUUUUUUUUACGGAGCAAUGACGACGGGACAGGAUGAAAGUUCAGUCCGCGUGGCACUGAGGAUCCGUCCUCAGCUGCCCAGGGAGAAGAUCGAGGGAUGCCACAUCUGUACGUACGUGAUGCCUGGAGAGCCUCAGGUCAUCCUGGGGAAGGACAAAGCCUUCACGUAUGACUUUAUGUUCGACAUGGAUUCCCAGCAGGACUCCAUUUACUCCACCUGCACUGAGAAGCUGAUCGAGGGCUGCUUCGAGGGCUACAACGCCACUGUGUUUGCAUACGGACAGACAGGAUCAGGGAAGACGUACACGAUGGGGACCGGCUUUGAUGUUAACAUAGUGGAGGAGGAGCUGGGGAUCAUUCCUCGUGCCGUCCAUCACCUCUUCAAGGGCAUAGAGGAGCGCCGGCAGGUGGCCCAGGAGCAGGGACGUCCGGUACCAGAGUUCAAGAUCAACGCACAGUUCCUCGAGCUUUACAAUGAGGAGGUCCUGGACCUGUUUGACUCCACACGAGACAUGAAGCAGAAAUCUCACAUUAAGAUCCACGAAGACACCAACGGGGGAAUCUAUACGGUUGGAGUGACCACACGGACUGUUUCCUCAGAGGCCGAGAUGAUGCAGUGCCUGAAGCUGGGCGCUCUGUCUCGUACGACAGCCAGCACUCAGAUGAAUGUCCAGAGCUCCCGGUCCCACGCCAUUUUCACCAUCCACCUGUGCCAAGUUCGCGUCUGUACUUCUGACAAUCAAGAAGGUGAGAAUGAUAACAAGGUCUCUAAUGGAAACGGGGAGAUGGACGAAUACGAGACACUAACCGCCAAGUUUCACUUUGUGGACCUGGCUGGUUCUGAGAGAUUGAAGAGAACCGGAGCGACGGGCGACCGGGCCAAAGAGGGCAUCUCCAUCAACUGUGGAUUGCUAGCGCUGGGGAAUGUAAUCAGUGCUUUAGGAGACCGAAGCAAGCGGGCUUCUCACGUGCCUUACAGAGACUCCAAACUGACCCGAUUGCUGCAGGACUCACUGGGAGGAAACAGCCAAACGGUUAUGAUUGCAUGCAUUAGUCCAUCUGAUCGUGACUUCAUGGAAACCCUGAACACGUUGAAGUACGCCAACCGAGCCCGCAACAUCAAGAACAAAGUGAUGGUGAACCAGGACAAGGCCAGCCAGCAGAUCAGUUCGCUGAGGACCGAGAUCGCCCGACUGCAGAUGGAGCUGAUGGAGUACAAGACGGGUAAACGCAUGGUGGGCGAGGAUGGCGUGGAGAGCUUCAGCGACAUGUUCCAUGAGAACUCCAUGCUGCAGACUGAGAACAGCAACCUGAGGGUGAGGGUGAAAGCCAUGCAGGAGACCAUCGACGCCCAGAGGGCUCGCCUCACCCAACUGCUCAGCGACCAGGCCAACCAGGCUCUGGCCAGGGCAGGUGAAGGAGGCACAGAGGAAAUUGGAAACAUGAUACAGAGUUACAUCAAAGAAAUCGAAGAUCUUCGGGCCAAGCUGCUGGAGAGUGAAGCGGUGAAUGAGAACCUGAGGAAGAAUCUGUCCCGCGCCUCCACCCGCCAGUCGUUCUACGGAGGGCCCGGUUCCUUCUCCAACGCGCUGAUGGCCCCUGAGAAAGAGACUGCGGACAUCAUUGAGCUUGCUAAGAAAGACCUGGAGAAACUGAAGAAGCGAGAGAAAAAGAAAAAGAAAAGACUCCAGCAGCUGUUGGAGGAGAGAGAAAGGGAGGAAAGGGAGGAGGUGGUGAAGGAGGUGGAUGCCAGCAUAAGCAAAGAAGAAGUUCCUGACAACGAACAGGAGAAACCAAAUGAGAAGGAAAUGAACGAAGAGACUGAAAUGGAUGUACAAGACACCAGUGAUCAUGAAGAUGGAGAGGAUGAGGAGGAAGAAGAGGAAGAGGAGAUGGAUGUGGAGGAGAGCUCUGAUGAUUCCGACUCAGAGUCGGAUGAAAAAGAGAACUACCAGGCUGAUCUGGCCAACAUCACAUGCGAGAUCGCCAUCAAGCAGAAACUGAUCGACGAGCUGGAGAACAGCCAGCGGCGUCUGCACACACUCAAGCAGCAGUACGAGCAGAAACUGAUGAUGCUGCAAUGCAAGAUCAGGGACACCCAACUGGAGCGCGACCGCGUCCUUCAGAACAUGAAUUCUGUGGAAAGUGGCACAGAGGACAAGGCUCGUAAAAUCAAGGCUGAAUAUGAGAAGAAGCUGAGCGUCAUGAACAAGGAGCUUCAGAAGCUCCAGUCGGCUCAGAAGGAACACGCCCGCCUGCUGAAGAACCAAUCGCAGUACGAGAAGCAGCUGAAGAAGCUCCAGAUGGAUGUGACUGAAAUGAAGAAGACAAAAGUUCGUCUUAUGAAGCAAAUGAAGGAGCAGCAGGAGAAAAACCGACUGAAUGAGUCGCGCAGGAACAGAGAAAUUGCCUCUUUGAAAAAGGACCAACGAAAGCAAGAGCAUCAACUGAAGCUGCUGGAGGCUCAGAAAAGGCAGCAGGAGCUGAUUCUGAGGAGAAAGACUGAGGAGGUGACUGCUCUGAGAAGGCAGGUGAGGCCCACUUCAGGUAAAGUGGUCCGGAAAGUCAACCUUCCAGAGACGGUUCAAGACUCCAGUCACCGCCCGCCCUCCGGACGCCUGUACUCCUCCAGCAGCACGGCUGCAAACGGCACAUGGUCCUCCUACAGGCGCACAGCUGGUGUUUAUUCCACCAGAGUCGCUCGUAACAAAUGGCAGACCCUGGAGCGACGCAUCUCAGACGUUAUAAUGCAGAGGAUGACCAUUUCUAACAUGGAAGCCGACAUGAACCGUCUCCUGAAGCAACGAGAAGAGCUGACGAAGCGAAAGGAGAAGGUAAUCAGGAAGCGGGACCGGUUGUUGAGGGAGGGUCUGGAGGCAGAGAAGACCGUGCUCCCCCUCAACGAGGAAGUGGAUGCGCUGACCGCCAACAUUGAUUACAUUAAUGACAGCAUCGCCGACUGUCAGGCCAACAUCAUGCAGAUGGAGGAAACCAAGGAGGAGGGUGACACAGUGGAUGUCUCUGCUGUUAUUGGUUCUUGCACUCUGGUUGAAGCUCGUUUCCUACUGGAUCAUUUCAUGUCCAUGGCAAUUAACAAGGGUCUGCAGGCGGCUCAGCGGGAGUCUCAGGUGAAGGUGAUGGAGGGCCGCCUGAAACAGACUGAAAUCACCAGCGCCACACAGAACCAGCUGCUGUUUCACAUGCUGAAGGAGAAGGCAGAGUUCAACCCGGAGCUGGACGCGCUGCUGGGAAACGCUCUGCAAGAGCUAGGUAACUUCCCAAUUGAAAAUGGGGAUGAUAGCAGCAGCGAUGAGUCAGCCCAGAGUCCCUCAGCAGAAGGAACCACAUUGGCAUCGGACCUCAUGAAACUUUGUGGGGAGUCCAAAACAAGGAGCAAGGCCCGCAGAAGGACCACCACUCAGAUGGAGCUUCUGUAUGCAAACAGUGAAUCGGCCGGUGAUGCGCCCGCUGACUUCUCCGGCCCCAUGCUGUCUUUGGCUGAAACCCCAGAUGGAGGUGGAGUGGACAUGGACUUGUCGGGCCCAUCAGUCAGAGACUACACAGCUCUUUCCCCUGGCUUUUCCUCUAAAAUGGGCAGCAUCUCUGGCUCCAGAACUCUGUCAGGUUUGGAGAAGCGAACCCCAGAGCCGUCCCCACUCUCUCGCAGGAAGACCUAUGAAAAGGCACAAGCAGCGGCUGACAGGGCAAAGGUCAAGGAGAAUAAACAGGGCGUUAUUAACCCAGUGCCGUCCACUAAGAGCAGCCGCUCUGCGACGUUGCAGUGCGUUCACGUGGCGGAGGGACACAACAAAGCCGUGCUGUGUGUAGACUGCACCGACGACCUUUUGUUCACCGGAUCCAAAGACCGAACCUGUAAAGUGUGGAACCUGGUGACGGGUCAGGAAAUAAUGUCCCUGGGAGGCCACCCUAACAACGUGGUGUCGGUCCGCUACAGCUCCAGUCUAGUCUUCACCGUCUCCACUUCGUACAUCAAAGUGUGGGACAUCAGGGACUCGGCCAAAUGCAUCAGAACUCUAACGUCCUCUGGUCAGGUCAACAUUGGGGAUAUUUGUGCAUCUAACACCAGUCGGACGGUCACCAUCCCGUCAGGGGAAAACCAGAUCAACCAAAUUGCUCUCAAUCCCAAUGGAAUGGUUCUGUAUGCUGCUGCUGGAAACUCAGUUCGGGUGUGGGAUCUGAGGAGAUUCGUUUCCACCGGAAAGCUAACGGGCCACCUGGGUCCCGUCAUGUGUCUGACUGUGGAUCAGUCUGGAAACAACCAAGACCUGGUGAUCACUGGGUCCAAGGAUCAUUACAUUAAGUUAUUCGAUGUAAGUGAAGGCUCUCUGGGGAGCGUCAGCCCUACGCACAACUUUGAGCCUCCCCACUAUGAUGGUAUCGAGUCAUUGGUGGUCCAGGGGGACAUUUUCUUUAGCGGUUCCCGCGACAACGGAAUCAAAAAGUGGGAUCUGGAUCGCAAAGACUUACUGCAGCAAGUCCCAAAUGCUCACCGUGACUGGGUUUGUGCCCUGGGCAUCGUCCCCAGUUCCCCGGCCCUGCUGAGUGGCUGCAGAGGAGGGGUGCUCAAGCUCUGGCACACAGACACACUGGGGCCUCUGGGGGAACUCAAGGGUCAUGAGAGCCCCAUAAACAGCAUCGCUGCAAACAGCAGCCACCUGUUUACAGCCUCCGACGACCGCACAGUGAAGAUCUGGCGCGCCCGCGGCGGACUGGACAGCAACUUAGAGGGCGUGGACAAUGCAGAUGAGGUGGCCAGUAACUGAGUGCAGUGCCACCCGCCUGUGUUGACUCCAGAAGGAUAUAACUGCAUUCUGUGACGCUGCUGCUCUUGCACUUUGCCCUCAAACAUCUUAACCCAGCGCUGACUCUGAAUAUGCUCACUGUCUUGGCCAAACGAUCGUUGACUCAGCCCAAACUCGCUCAGUAAUCUCAUAAUCUCUUAAGGUACUUUUUUCAUUUCAAUGUUCGGAACGGCUCCGUUUCAGGUUUUCCGCUGUACGAACUGCAGCUUCUUGAGUUUCUCUUGAUUGUCAGUUUCAUUCCAAAUCUCAAAAGUAUUCGCUGAGACACACUCUCGAAGGGGGUUACUGAGUCAGAGAGGGUGCAAAGACGAGCAGCUGCUCCCCGCCUGCAUCGAGAGGAUUCUGGACCGCAGAGAAAACCCAAGCAUGAACUGCACCAUGCCACGCUGUGGAAACGUGCCAUAGACUCCGACUCUGUCCACUUGCAAUUACAGUUUCAAGGAAAAACACGUUUUCUGCUUGUACCGUAGAAGAGUAAUCAUAGAAGCUUGUACUUUGAAAAUAGACACAACGAUACAGGUUCUAGAGUAACUGUUUAGCUCAGCAUAAUAAAUCCUGUUCCAUGAGACAAAAUGGAUGAACUCUGACCCAGAAACAAAAGACUGUUCUCAGAUUUGGGAAGACUGUUGUAGGAGGAAAAUUUGGUAGAUUUAGAAUUGAUAGUGAUCACUUUUUAGUUCAUUUAGUAGAUUUCUUCCACAUCAGAUUUCUUCCACACUGUUUCAUCUCAGCUUUGCUGUUGAGUAACAGCUUUAGUCCACCGAUCAAAUUCGUACAACUUAUGCAAAGUUGAGACGUUACCACUAAUAUGAAUGAUAUCUGAAGCUACAUCAACCUUUUUUUAAUUUAAAACAAGUCAUCAUGUCUCGUACAAUUUUGGAAUUUUAAGCAUUUUCUGCAUCGAUUUCUUUGGUUGUUUCUUUUUCUUCCUUUUUUUUGAAUCCCAUUUUUACAGAAUGCUUCCCCACUAUCAACGUUGAGACGUUUGUGGUCAAUUUUAAGUCUUAAAUUUUUCUGAAGCUUCGAUCUGCCGGUCCAGAUUUGAGCUUCCUCCAAUUUCUUCUGUAAGGACUGCAAAACUAGAACGUACAAAACAAUGUUUGUUUAUGGGGUUUUUUGUCUUUGUUUCUUUCUUGUACAAAGAACAAAACAAAAAGCAAAAUCAUUUUAAACUGGACUUAACAUCAUCCACUAGCAACAGCACCGUUAGCUUGGCUAGCAUUUCUAAAACCAGUCUCCAUGGAUAUAUCCUAGAGAAUGUACAUUAACUAUUUGAAAAACGACUAACUUUGAGUCUUCUCUCAUUUGCAGCAGCCAGAAUCAUCCAGUUUCAGUCAGCCCCUCAUUUUUCUGAGUGUCUAAGUAAACUGCAGGCCUUUUAAAGGGCAAAGCUCUUAGUUUUAGCCUCUUAAUGUAAUGAGAAGAGUGCAAAUCUUCUUCAACUUUGUUGAACUAUUCCUUUAACACUUGAGCACUUGUAAAAAAAACAAAACCACGAUAACACAGUUAAGCUUUGAGGCUAAUGUAAUUGUUAAAUAUGAGCAGGUUUAAACUAUAAACACACCACCUGUUCUUGUGUCAAUGUGUGACAAUCUGUGAACCACGCACUACUAGAUUUUGUCUCGUUGCUACCGGUGAGUUCCACCUGAUAUCAUGGCCCUACUUUCUGUAGAUACUUUACUGUAUGUUUUUGUUUUCGUUAGGAGAAGAGAGGUCUUCAGUACGAUGACCUGUUAGGGCCAUCGUAGGGAAGGAAAAAAAAGAGCAAAUUACUCAUUUUUAGAUUAACUUCAGAAAUUUACCAGGAAAAACAAAAAAAAUGUUUUAAAAGUAAAAAAUUUGUUGUGGAAAAAACUGUCACAUUUUGCAAUUCUCAGAAAUUAAAAAGAAACAAGGAGAUUUGAGUUACAAAAUUUUAACAUUGGCUGCAAAAAAGAAAAUACUUAAGUUUUUUAUUUAAUCUCAAAAAUUUUCUAGAAAAAACAAGGUAACAUUUCUGAGAUUAAAAAGUUGAAAUUUUCAUUUGAAAAGUUUUUUUUAAUGAGGUGAAUAAGAAAUCUUGUGGAAAAAACAAGUAAUUGACUUCCUUUCAAAAGUCAAAACGGUUUAGACUUUUUUCUAGAAAAAUUCGGAGAUUCAUCAAAAUUCCUGAAUUUCUGUAACAUUUUUUGACUUCUCAUGCUCAGAAAUGUCCUUGUUCUUCUAGAUGGUUUGAGAUUUUUUUGGGCAGAAAUGUCCUUUUUUUCCCCGUCUCAUCUACAACGGCCCCAACACGCCAUCGUACUUCAGUUUGUCUCGUUCAUCUCUCCCAGUUCUGAUCCUUGUGGCUGAAGGCUUCUGGCCUCUGUUGUAAUCUCUCCGUCUGUCUCGGCUGUGCGCCUUUACUUAUGAAUGUUGAGUGGAAAAGCAGCUGUAUGAAUUGUUGCAUUUCAUAUCUGAUGUUUGUGAAACUUGCAUAUAUAAAAAUGUAACUGAAUGUUGGCGCUGUGAGACCGCUGAUCUAAAUCCAGUCUCACAGCAGAACCAAGAGGACCAGACUUAGCAGAAGGAUCAACAGGCAGCAUUAGCAGGAGUUUUCCCUCCAACUACAGUUAUUUUACGUUUUACGUUUUUAUUUUAUUCUGCUUUUUGUUCCUUAAAUGGAGGUUUAGUAGCCAUUCCCCAAAUGGCAAACUGUAGCGAUUCUAAUGUCAGAUGCCUGAUGAGAAUAAAUGCCAUCUGUCAAAAACACCAAA